CGACGAAAUAAAUUGCUUUCGUAAAUAUUAAAAUAAAUAAUUUAAAUUAACAAUCUAAAGUAGAGUUAUUUCAAAAGAUUUUGUUAAAGGAGGGGUCAAAACAAAGAACAAUAUAAUCAGAAUAAAUAUUCUACGAGAAGAGCUGUAACCUUGGUUAGUUAGUUAAAAAAAAAAAAAAACAAAAAAAAAAGAACUUUCAAAUCACUGCCAGUGUCUGCCAACUUAUAAAAAGAUUAUACAACAUGCUUGAUCUGGAAAUAGUGCCCGAGAUAUCACUUGGUUGCGAUGUUUGGGAAUUUGUAUUGGGUAUGCACUUUUCUCAAGCAAUUGCCAUCAUACAAUCGCAGGUCGGCAUCAUUAAAGGUGUUCAAGUCCUUUAUUCGGAUACUAAUCCAUUAGGAGUGGAUAUUAUUAUUAACCUGCCACAAGAUGGUUUACGUUUGAUAUUUGAUCCUGUGGUACAACGCUUAAAGAUCAUUGAAGUUUUCAACAUGAAAUUGGUGAAACUAAAGUACGGCGGAGUUUAUUUCAAUUCUCCUGAAGUACUGCCUUCAAUAGAGCAAAUUGAGCAUUCUUUUGGUGCUACCCAUCCAGGAGUGUACGAUGCUGCUAAGCAACUUUUUGCUUUGCACUUUCGAGGUUUAAGUUUCUACUUUCCUGUAGACAGUAAAUUACACGCCAGUUAUGCCCAUGGUUUGGGAUCCUUGGUAUUUCUAAGCGGUGCAUCGCCUGUUGUUUCUAAAAUGUCACUCUACGCGGGCAGCAACGUAGCAGAAAAUAAAACCCCUCCGCUGCCUCUGUCGUGCUAUCAUCGGCAGCUGUAUUUAGAUUCAGCAACAGUUUUACGUUCCGUACUUGGGUGCACUAAAGGGCUUAAACUAAAAUUGUUUACUGAAGGUUCAGGUCGCUCUUUGGAACCUCGAAAACAAUGCUUCACCAAGGAAAUCUUGUUUGGAGAUAGUUGUCAAGAUGUUACUACUCAAUUAGGAGCUCCAAAUCGUAUUUUUUUUAAAAGCGAAGACAAGAUGAAGAUACAUUCGUCUAGCGUUAACCGUCAAGCUCAAAGUAAACGCAGUGACAUUUUUUUCAACUAUUUCACAUUGGGCAUCGACGUACUUUUCGACGCCCGUACUCAGACAUGUAAAAAAUUUAUAUUGCAUACCAACUAUCCCGGUCAUUUCAAUUUCAACAUGUACCAUAGAUGCGAGUUUCAGUUCCAGUUACAGCCUGAACGUUCACUUGAUGGUGGGUCAAGGGCUUCCUAUGGUGAUUCUCCCGAUAGUCCUAUAACAAUUAAUGCAUAUUCGAAAUGGAAUGAAAUAAGUGCUGCCAUGGUUCCUUCAGAGAGACCAGUAGUUCUACAUCGAGCCAGUUCUACUAACACAGCCAAUCCAUUUGGUUCGACGUUUUGCUACGGUUAUCAGGAUAUAAUAUUUGAAGUAAUGCCAAACAAUCAUAUAGCCUCGGUAACAUUGUAUGGCAUGACUCCGGCCAAACCCUCCGACGAUAUCUGGCAGCAUCACAAAAUGCAGGAUAUACGUCUCACCGUAGCGUGAGAUCGUUUGACGAAAAAUGCUAUUAACAUGUUUUUUCAAACAAAUAUUGAGGACUUUUCUUUAAUUAAAUAAGUGCACAAACGACGCCUGUAUUAAAAGACGCGACAGCAUUAAAUUACAUAACCCUAUUUCUGACCUUGACUAUCUGAAUAAAGUGUCUGCAUCAACGUGCAGGCAAAGUAUGUUGAGAAAAAUCUCAAAAUAUUUUAGUUAUAUUUGGUGGUAUUGAAUUUCGAAUGAAAGGGUUCCUCCACAAGUAACAUAUUUAUUUUUUUUAGUUUACUUUAAGAAUCCAUUCAACUUUCUUAUAAGUUAAAAUUUCUUUACCCUUAAA